AUGCUGUCAUCUGCCCUCGCGAUCCUCUGCCUCAUGCCCUGCCCCCCAAUAGGAGGCCGAGAAGACCCGGCGAGAGUCGUCAAGGAAGCGCUCGGGAAGGCGCUCGUGUACUACUACCCGUUGGCCGGGCGUAUCCGGGAAGGGCCGAACUGCAUGCUCGCAGUGGACUGCAUUGGCGAGGGGAUCCUGUUCGUCAAGGCUGACGCCAACGUCAGCCUCGAGGAGCUCGGCGACUCCAUGAGGCCGCCGUGUGGCUUUGUGGAUGAGGUGUUGGGCGAUGUGGGCGGGUCCGGUAGCAUCAUUGGGUGCCCUCUCUUGUUGGUUCAGGUGACCCGUUUGAAAUGCGGGGCUUCAUCCUCGGAAUCCGGCUCAAUCAUGCCAUUAGCGAUUCCCUUGGCCUCGACAAUUCCCGAAGGCGGCUGCAGAGAAAUCCUCUGCGCUCGAGACCCGCCGCGAGCGACGUGCAGGCCCCCUGAGUUCGAGGAUGUGGUCGACAACACCAGAAGCGCUGCCGUGACCUUGGACGCCAAGAACAUGUGCCGCACAAUCGCCCUCAAGAUUGAGCCAGACGAUGCUGUCUGCCUAUCGUCGAUGAUUAAUGCGCGAGGCAAGCAAGGCCUCAGCGUGCCUCGUGGUUAUCACGGGAACACGUCGGUGUAUUCAACGGUGCUUUCGAAGGCGGGCCAUCUGUGCAACAAUCCGCUGGGAUACGCGGUUGAGUUAGUGAAGAAAGUGAAAGAAAUGGAUGGGGAGGAGAGGGGCGCAGAUGCUGUUCACCAGAGCGAUUGUGACAUGGGUGAUGUCACCAUCACUAAAUUAGAUUGGGAAGUAGCUGAAUCCAGUGAUGGUGAUAAUGACGAUGACGGUGAAAUCUGGAGUGCUGGUGUAUCUGGUGAUGGUGGAUGGUGA